UUACAAAAAUAUUCAAUAAUAAAAAUAAUACAGAGCAGACGAAAGAUGACGUUCAACUCCAUAAUAUAUAACAAAGCGGAAAGUACUCGAGGUUUUCGUCCUCUACAGGAAAAUCGCCGAGAAAGAAUCGGCUCAGAAUUCGCUUUACAUCCGCUGUGCUGAAAUUAUGAGCGUUCGUGUUGCUGCUGUUUGAGAAUGUAUCUGUGAAAGAUCGCCUCUCGAUUUCAAGAUACAAGCGAGAAGGCUAUAUAGACCUGAACUCAAGAGAGAUGCACAUACUGGGACUUCGUAGGAAUGUCAUCUUCUUGUUAGUCAUGAGUAUCCUGUUGAAUUUCUAUUUUGUAUCAAAAUAUGCCACAAUAAAAGCAGAUGGGAAUUCUAUCAAAGAUACUGACACACUGCGCAACUGCUUUAUUCCAGAAUAUCACUUAGAGGGAGCAGCUCAGGAUGACCCUAGACUUAUAGGCUAUAUUCGCAGAGAACUACUGGAACCACCUUCACCACAUCCGUAUAACAUUUAUCAUCCUGAGAUGGUUCAUUAUUCACAGUACAACCAGUCCGAGUUUGCUAACAAAACACUUAAUGGAAUGGAAGAUGGAUUUUACAUUGAAGCUGGUGCAUCAGAAGGUGAAUUUUUAAGCAACACCUUAUUCUUUGAGAGAAGACUAGGAUGGAGGGGACUGCUGAUAGAACCACUGCCAGAAAUUUACAAGUUGCUUCAGAGGAAAAACAGGAAGGCCUAUAUUAUCAAUACUGCUCUUUCAACUACCCCUCAUGCUUCUUAUGUUACUUUUGAGCCUGCAGUUGGCUUGGGAACAAGUAGCCACCUGAGUGACAAAGGCAUCAUUUUAAAGGGCAUUCCCCUGUACUCUAUUCUUCGAGCCUUGAAUGUCGAAGUUGUUGACUUCAUGUCUUUGGAUAUUGAGUCGUUUGAGGUUAAAAUACUAAAGACAAUUCCCUGGGACAAAGUGACCUUUCGAUUAAUGUGUAUCGAAGUUUCUCACAUCCCGGAAGGGAUCGAUUAUUUAACAGAAUAUCUUACGGACAAGGGAUACAAAUUUCUGGGUUUAGGAUCUGCUGAUGCCUGGUAUGGUUGGCCUGAUUUGCUCCCAAGAAACACGUUCCUGGCUCCAACAUGAAUAGUUCUAAUCAACAAGAAAAAACGUCAAGUCUGGUACACAAAGGCUUCAUCCAUUUAACGAUUGAUCCCUGAGAACCAGCCCGAGAAGAGUCUACUUGAGACUCAGAGGUCUGGAAAAACUAACACCUAUUAAUAAUAAUAACUUGACACCUGUCAAAACAUCCACAGCCAUAUUUCUGUGCAUCCUUCGUUGACCUUGUCAAUUUUCACUUGCCCUUCUGUUCCACUCUUCCAACCCUGAAACAUUUCAAAAACCUCUUCCUCUUAUGCCAUUGCUAAUGCUACAAAAUUUGCAUACAGUAGCUCCCAAUGUCUUUUCUUCUGCACUCUCUAACAUCCUUCACUAAUGUGACAAACAGAAUGUAGGUUUGGGUCCUUAAUGAACACCAGUUCUUUUCUGAAACUUUUAAUAUGCCUGCCACUGCAUUUAUUCUAGAUCUUGUGCUGCAAUAACUAUCCUAAUUAUCCUUUCACUAGUACCUUGUCAACUUUACGUCUCACUGUUUCUUACAUCACUUUCUCCAAUGUCACAGUAUACUCCAGCAAUCUUGCUGUGUAAUUUUCACAUUGAAGAUUUACCCCAGAAUUUUUGUAUGUACAGUAACAUAAUUUGCAAAAUUAACAUGUUUUCAUUACUAGCCAAUGAGAUAUGUAAUGGUGUGAAUCAUUACUGUUCAUUGCAGCCUGUUUACAGAGAUUAUACAUGCCCCAAGACAUGCCUUUAGAAAGUUUUUUUUUUUUUUUAUCAUGAAAAUAAAGUAUGGAAUACAAAAAAGAAUAUCAAUAAAUAUUUUAUUUAACAUAUGCAGUUUGUAAUUUUAGGACGGAACUAGUUACAGAAAUAACUUAUCACAGCAACUGCAAACAAAUGACUUAUAAAUUACAGCCACUUGAUAUUUUGCUUUGUUUUUUGUAACAUGAAAUUGUACUGAACUUACCAGAUUGUGCACAUAAAAGGUUAAUUUAAUUUACAAGUUAUGAUUUAGAAACAUUUUCGUUGUAUUGUGCAUGACAUUUACAAUAGCCUUUAUUUGAAUUAUCCAGUAAUUAACAUGAACAAAAUUCUUUUCAGUGCACAACAUUGAGAAGGUUAGUACAAGAAAAAUGACUAGAACAUUUCAGAUUAUUCACAGUAAGUAGAGAAAGUGAAAAGUUUACAGAAUUAUAAAUAUUCGCUUCUAUUUUCAUUUUAAGUACAUACAUACAUGUCUAAUUUCAUGUUUUGUCAAGUACAAAAAUGCGCUUUGUCCAAAGUAGUAAUAGGCCAGUGUGUUAUGAAAAUCAACUAAGUUUAAAGGAAUUUUUCUGUCAAGACAAAGGACUGGAUAGUUUCAUGAUAGUUGUGUACAAAAUGACCCAACUAGUUUGCGUAUACCGAAAUUCGCAACAAUUUACAUGUUACCAUUAUAGGAAUAGAUUGGACGGAUCGUUGCACGUUUACAGAAAACUGAAAAACUAAACCUGUUAAAAGCCAACACUUUAUGUAAUGUGUACAGAUUGUCGUAACUAGCAUUGGCAUUUUCAUCUUAAAAAAAGUUUCAUUUCUUGCUUUUACAUAUUGGAGAUAUACGUGAUAUCAAAAGAUAUAUUUUAGAUCAUAAACUUUUUUUUUUAUUUCACAAGCUCAUUAACAACUAUUCACAUACAUGAACAGAUUAUAGAUACAGCUUCACAGUUUACCACAAAAGAGAAAUGGAUGGUGUUCACUCGAGGUUUACAAAAUUCUUCACAAAAUUAAGUUUAAUAUUUUCAGUUAAAUAUUACUUAACCUUUUCAAGUGUCCAAAAGGAAAGAUUGUCAAGUGAUGGACAGAAGACCAAUGAAAUAUUUCAAAAUUAAAUUAUUCUUUACUCCAGAGGUAUCAAGUUUUAACGGUUUGGCUUCACCUCCUAUCUACUGCGUCUAUAGUAUAGGAUCCAUUCCAUUCCACUCAAUCGUUGCCCCAUGCCACUUAGUGCGGAUGCAUAGCUCUAAAGGGGGUACUACAUUUGUGUCAGCUUCUACUUUCUCCAAAUCUGGAAAAUAAAAGUCUUUGUUACUAUGUACGAAACAUUUGUUGAUCCAAGAUCUUUAUUAGGAAUAGUGUACAAAAUAAUAAACUUUAAAAAUUUAAACUUUUGAAAAGUUCACUUUUCCUCAGUUAUGGUAUUUGACAGAUGCACAGUAUUCAGUUCAAAGAUUCUCUAAUCCACUAUGAAGUUUCUUUCAGAACUCCAUUGGUUUUGAGGGAUGCUGUGGCCAGACUUUUUGGUGUGGAUAAACCUUGUUUCUAAGGGCGAGAGGAAGCCAGUUUUCUCCAAACCCAGACCAGCAGCCCAACCUCAACUCUCACAGUCCAUUCCGAGCCACAUCCUGGAAAGGAGAAUUAAGAGGCUGGCAUUCCUCCUCCUCCUCAGCUGCCAUAAGCAGGGGGACUCCCAUCACUUCACUGGGGCAAUGUAGCAGAGACACGAAGCAGAGCCCUUGGUAGUUUCAAUCCUUCAGGCCAGCUACUGUAUUUCCUUGAAGGACCCAAAAGGUGACUCCACCCAACACAGUUGCACCAAACAGUGCUGCUAAUGACCGAGAUUGUUCAUAUGGUAGCCCACCAGGAAGGUCUUAAUAGCAUGCCCAGAUGCUUCAUCUACUGCUUGGGAAUGAGAAUGGACUUGAACCAGUUGAUCUUGUGUCCCAGAUGGAGACCAAAAACCAGCAGACAAUCCCUGUCACCUUGGAGGAACCCAGAAAUAAACAUUGUCCAAGUACUGAAGAACACAACUACCCUUCAAAUAUGCCCAAGCUAAGAUUUACAGGUAACAUCCAAGCCAAGUUAACACCUGAGAAAAGGUCACUAGUCCAAAGCACAGGCCCUUGAGUUGGGUAGAAAGGGUACUUGAAGGUAUACAUCUGCAGGUCUUAUCACAAAAGCCUUGCCUUAACCUCUCUAAUGGCAUCUCGCACUAUAUGCAGGGUUUCCAUAAUGCAACAAAUAAUUGUUUAACAUAGAGGUCAAUAGCAGCUUUCCAAACCUCAGUUGCCUUCUCUGAGGAAAAGGUAGCUGUAAAACCUGGAGAAUAACAAACUAAGCUUCAAUAGCUCUUUUCUUCAUCAUUGUUUCUAUCUUCACCAAAACCUGAGAUUUCCUGGAGAAAAAGUUUGAGACAGUAUUGGUGUCAUAGAACUAGGUAGAUGAACAUUCUUGAAGAAAGCUUGGAUCUAUCUCAUGAAUGAUGUGACCCAAAGGUCCAUUCCCUGUUGCUGUUACUUUGGCGUAACAGGCAACAUCCUACUAGCGACGGUGGAGGAUGGGAGUCGCCACUCAACAAUCCCACCCUUUUUACCAUCUCCCCUCCUGUAUUGGCCAGAGAAUGGGGGGCACAAAAGAACUGAGAAGGCUCCCCUUUUUUCUAAGAAGAGAAAGGCAAUUAAAGCCUCCAUUUUGGGCUUUUGAAGUGCAGGCUGUUUGGGACACCACACUAUCAAGGGUUUCACUAAAUGUGAAACUUCAGCAUCAGGUGUCUUCACCCUUUGCAUGGAAGGGUCUGAACAACACAGCAUGGUUGAAGGUGGGGUCCCAGGAAUCCUGGAGAUAAGUAUAGAGGCAACCCCAAAAACCAACUGUUUUGAAGCAAGGCACUACUUUCAUGGCAAAACUGCCUAGAAAACAAGGAGUGCAUCAUUAUCUGUCCCAAAUAAAACCACUAGACACUAGGAAAAGCAAAAUAAAUGCAUACAAAGGAGGUGAAAGGGAAAUAAUGAUAGCAAGCUACUUAUCAAGUGAAUUGACAAGAUUCUAUGACUAUUCCAUCUUAUGCUGAAGGAUUUAAAUGGUAACAAUUGUAUACCCACUGGAACAAAGUAUUUUAAAAGUUAUAAGCCACUGAUCUCUGACUAGCUCUCUAAUUAGCAUAAUCUCAUUACCUCCAACUGUGCUGCUUGUUAUGCAUCCAAAUAUGUUACUGUCUGUGCUUUUGGUUAUCUAGAUUUAUUACAUUUAUUACAACAGUGUAUCAAAGAAUUAACUAAAAACUGAUUACUCUUAUAGAAACAAUUGCACUGGCAUUUCAUUAUCUUCACUAACGCUAAUACAUAUCUGACACAAGUUCAAGAACUGAGUAUUCGUUUUGCCACAAGAUGUUAUUGAUGCUGUAUGACUGUAAUGUUACUCUGAGGAGUUGAAAAAAAACCUUAUUGAUGGAAGACCUUAAAAACUGACAAGAACUUUCGUAAUGUCUACUGUAUUCACUAGCACAAAAAAUGAGCAGAACGAAGCUGCUGUAUAUAUAAGAAAUUUUCUUACCUAGAGUAAGACGAAUUUCAUCUUCUUGUAGUGCUAAACCAUCAUAAUAGUAUAAGUCAAAACUGGCAAUGGAGGGCAUGUCAGAAGUUACAAGUGUAUCCCGACUGAAGAUGACACUGAAGUGGCUUUCACAACAUAUAACCCAGACUGGAUACAGGGGACUCUUCAGAUAUGAGCCAACCUGUCGAAAUAAAAUUUCACCUUAAACUACAGAAUAAAUACUAUUCAGACUAUUGAAGAUUAACAUAAGAUAGCAGAAAUCACUGCUGAACAGACCAAAAUUUAGUGAUGCAUGUCAUGUAUAUGAUCUAUUGAUCCAAUUGUACCAUUAUAUUCAAUGUGUAUGUACCUUUUUCUUCAGUUUCUUUGUUCUGUUUUGCAUACAAAUAUAUAUUUACACUGUUUUGCAUACAUAUAUGUACAUAUUUACAACAAUAUAUUUACAAUAUCCAAAGAUUCCGGUUACUUUGUCUAAAAGUAUAAACACACCUUAAGAAAAAAAAUUCUGAAUUUUACAGGUAAAUACCCUGAUAUUUACUUUAUCCUCAUGUAAAAUCUAUCACAGUAAUGCAAAAUAAGCAUUAAUUUUAGCUCUCAAAGCUUUCCUAGGAAUGUGUGAAUGUUUCUAACUUACGCAAUAGUGUAUAUGUAUGCUUAACUGUAAUAUUUUUUAUUUGUUUGUAUUCUUUGCCUAUCAACUUUUCCCACUAAUUCUUGCUACUUUUCCAGAUUUGUGGAAUGAAUGUUGUGCUCUCCAUUUCACCAAAGGCAAAAACCAUUGGCUUUGAUUCAUCAUUGCAGCCCAAGAACAAGUAAUGAGAAAUAAUGGCCUGGAAGAAUGCACUCUCUCCAUAAAGGUUUGGUUCGUAAGUCCUUAUGGAAAAAGGACAGAAUUAUUGGGAUUAUUCUUGAAAGUCUAGCUUUUCAUGUUAUCUAUGUUAAUGGUUAGCCGACUGUAGUGAAAAGGGAGUUAGGGAAUUCAUUUUUGACUAAUUUGUGAUUAUUAAAAGUAGACCAUAACAUCCUUAAAGGUAGACAACUUUAUUCAUUGUGUUAUUUUAUGAAAUGGGAAUCCUAAUGUGUUUGCCUAUAAUAAAUCUAACUUUAAAAUUGCCAUAUUAAAUUGGAAGACAUUAAAUUAUUGAGUGAAAUCUAAUUGAAAGUGGAAAUUGUUUCAUUAUUUUUUUUACUUGGAACUGUAAAGGUUAUAGGUUAGUCUUAAGUACAUGUGUAUAUAAAAAAGGAAUGAUUUAAAGUAUGAGGUGUAUUUAUAUUCUUGCCCCAAGAGAAUGUAUAAAUAAAAAGGAAUGAUUUAAAGUAUGAGGUGUAUAUAUUCUUGUCCCAAGAGAAUGUGUAAAUAAAAAGGAAUGAUUUAAA